UCGCGCUCGUAUCGGUACCUUCAGUAUUAAUCUAGAAUCUCUAAAGCACAGACGUUUCUUUAACAUUGUAGGUACCCCAAAGUCGUGUACCUCUACCUACCUGAAUUUUCUGCGAAAUCAAAAAACGCACGCAAUGUCGAGGAAAACUUUAAUUUCGAAGUUGUUUUUAUAUUUUUCAACGUAUUUAUUAUUUUUAACAACCGUACUAGCUGUUGUUGAUUGGCAAUGUCCAUUGAACAUAGUAAAAGAUAUACCAUUGGACGAGACUCCUCAAACUUAUAAAACGAGAUUCUCCGACAAAGCCAAGUAUACAGUGGUAAUAGUAAGACAUGGCCAAAGCGAAUGGAACGAUAUAUUCUGCGGAUGGUACGAUGCCGAUCUGAGUAUCAAAGGCUUAGAACAAGCUCAUGAUGCUGGCGUGAAUUUAAAACAAGCCGGAUAUGAAUUCGACGUAGCACACACUUCAGUCUUGACCAGAGCUCAGAAAACCCUGUGGUCUAUUUUGCAGGAAAUUCAUCAGGAAAGGUUACCAGUUCAAGUGAGUUGGCGCUUAAACGAACGUCACUACGGGGACUUGACUGGAAAAAGUAAGGAAAAAGUUCUAAAGGAGAAUAAUAAUGAUGAAGAGAAGGUGCGAAAAUGGAGACGUGGCUAUGACAAUCCUCCUCCAGCGAUAACACCAGCUAACCAAUAUUACAAAGAAAUCGUCGAAGAUCCUCGUUACAAAGAUGGUCCAUCAGCGGCCGAAUUCCCUAAAGUUGAAACACUGAAAACGACCAUGGAACGUGUCGUGCCUUAUUGGAAUAACAAUAUUGUACCGCAGAUUAAAAAUGGAAAACGUGUAUUAAUCGUUGCUCAUGGUACCAGUGUACGAGCACUUGUCAAACACUUGAGCAACGUGCCUGAAGACGAGAUCAUGGAUUUAAAUAUACCCAACGGUAUUCCAAUCGUUUACGAAUUUGACGAAGAAAUGAACACGGUCGUAUCUUUGAAAUUCUUAGCCGACGAAGAAACCGUUAAAAAGGAACAGGAUGCUAUUGCCGCCCAAGGCAAGGCUAAGAAAAGUUAUAUCAGUGAGCCGCUACAUGAGAACCAAAUAUUUGUACAAAAACCACAAUCUGUGAAUGCUUUUUAAACACUAUGUUUAUCAAGUGAAAAAAUUAAAGUUAUAUUGUGGCUUGAUGGGGGGGGGGGGGUUCAAACGUAUUAUUUUAUUCCUUGAAGUAUAUAAAUAGUUAUAAGAGCUGAAAUUGUAAAUAAUCAAUUUGUUCCAAGUGUAAUUACACAAUUUAUGUAAGGUUUAUAAUUCUAUCAUUAUUUAAAUUUUGAACUUUCAUGUACAUAUAUUCAAAAAAAUAAAUUAUGUUUGUGCAUGUUACAUUUAAA